AUGGGCUCUAAGAACUCAGAAAGAGUCCAAGUUGUGAUACUGUCUCCUCCAUUCUCAGUCGCGCUUAGUACUCACCAAGAGAACAUGAGUUGCGGUUCACAAACCCCGCUCACAGCUUGCUCAGCAGGCGUAGUGAGAGUGUUGCACUGUUUGGAUUUCGAAUCCAAGGCUCAACAAGUGAAUGGCUCUAUUGAUGUUAUUCAUUCAUCCAUUGCAAACAUAUCUCUCAAACUUGGUAACCUACCUAACGGGGGAACGCCAAGCUUGUCACAGGUUCAUAUUAUUGAUCGCCACUGUAUCAAGAAUAUCAAGAACUCGGGAUUGUUCGGGCCCCUGCCAUGA